AAGAAAUACUGAAUCAUGGUCAGUGUCCAGCGCUCGCAUGCUAUGGGAGUCCAGACAACAGACCAGCAUGUAAACACUCGGUCUCAAACAUUCUUUGAUUUGUCACGGAACAGACUGUCAGAGCUUCCAGCAGAAGCAUGUCACUUCGUCUCCCUCGAGAGCCUUAAUUUGUACCAGAACUGCAUUCGAUACAUCCCAGAGGCUGUUUUGAACUUACAGUCUUUAACGUUUCUAAAUAUCAGUCGAAACCAGCUUUCAACGUUGCCAGUACACCUCUGUAGUCUACCACUAAAGGUUCUGAUAGCAAGUAAUAAUAAGCUGGUUUCAAUACCUGAAGAAAUUGGGCAGCUCAGACAGCUGACAGAGCUCGAUGUGAGCUGUAACGAAAUACAGACCAUACCUCCGCAGAUCGGCAGUUUGGAAUCCUUACGGGACCUAAAUGUCAGAAGGAAUCAUUUGGUGCGUUUACCUGAAGAGCUCGCUGAGUUGCCUUUGAUUCGAUUAGAUUUCUCCUGCAAUAAAAUAACAACGAUCCCAGUUUGUUAUAGGAACCUCAGACAUCUGCAAACCAUCAUGUUAGAGAACAACCCUCUCCAGUCACCCCCUGCACAGAUAUGCAUAAAAGGCAAAAUUCACAUAUUUAAAUAUCUCAACAUAGAAGCAUGCAAGAUAGCUCCGGAUUUGCCUGAUUAUGAUAGGAGACCCAUGGGAUUUGGAUCUUGCCAUGAGGAACUUUAUUCCAGUCGUCCAUAUGGAGCACUUGAUUCUGGCUUCAAUAGUGUUGACAGUGGAGACAAAAGAUGGUCGGGGAAUGAACCAACAGAUGAGUUCUCAGACCUCCCUUUACGUGUGGCAGAAAUCACUAAAGAGCAGAGAGUGCGAAGAGAAAAUCAGUAUCAAGAAAACCGAGGGAGCACAGUCGUAACCAAUGGUGGAGUGGAACACGAUCUCGAUCAGAUCGACUAUAUUGAUAGCUGUGCCACGGAAGAGGAGGAGGAAGAGGUGAGGCAACCCAAGUGCGUGGACUCAGACAGCCUCAGCUCACAAUUCAUGGCAUAUAUUGACCAGCGGCGAAUCUCUAAUGAGAGCUCACCAGCAAAGCCAGUAUCUGCUAGAGAAAUUCAGAAGGCUGAGGACACAAGACGGUAUUUGCAACAAAACAGGGACACUGAAUUACGAAGACCUGAAACUCUAAAUUUGAUGCAGGACAGAGAGCAUCACCAAGUACUAAGGAGUUAUGUGGACAGGACAGAGAGACCCCCAGCUGAUUCGCCUUACUUUCUCUCUCUGUCGAGUCACCAGAGUCAGGUGCCCAAUACAGACCCCGACCUGCACCGCAGGCACGUAGAGCGCACCAGGCGGGAGGCACAGCUAGCAGCACUGCAGUACGAGGAGGAGAGGAUGAGAACAAAGCAGAUCCAGAGAGAAGCUGUUCUCGACUUUGUUAAGCAAAAAGCAUCCUUAAGUCCUCAGAAGCAAAGUCCUCUGGAUAGUGAGUGUCCCUUUCCAUCCAGAAGGUCUCAGCAUACUGAUGAUAGUGCCUUGUUAGUGAAUGGCUUUGAGCCUCUCUUUGUGUUUGAGAUUGACAAUAACACCAAUACCAUUAAGAGAAGGCCAGGGACUCGCAAACAGUCCCUCUCAGGGUUGAAUCGAGACAGCUGUGCUGCUGCCCUGCCUAACGCCUCUGCCCUCAGUCCUGCCAAGAGUGAUGACAGAUCCAACAUCUCUCCUGGCUCACCAACCACUCAGACAGUCCACCUUUCCCCUCCACAUCCUGGUCAUGCAGCCCUGCCUUCCUAUAGAAACCCUUCCCAGCGACCCGAGAGUUUCCUUUUUCGAGCAGCUGUCAGGGAUGAAGCAAACAAAGUGAUUGCUUCAUCAUCUUCCCGUGCCUUGCCUCCUGCUAAUGACUCUGCAGACACUAGAGUUAGGCAGAACUCCAAGCAGCGUGAGGAGGAGCUGGAGCUAAUAGAGCAGCUACGUAAGAAUAUUGAAUCACGGUUGAAGGUGUCACUGCCCAGUGAUCUUGGAGCAGCUCUCACCGACGGCGUUGUUCUGUGCCACCUGGCGAACCACGUCCGUCCUCGGUCUGUCCCCAGCAUCCACGUCCCCUCACCUGCUGUUCCUAAGCUUACAAUGGCAAAAUGCAGACGAAAUGUGGAGAAUUUCUUGGAAGCUUGCCGAAGGAUCGGAGUGCCUCAGGAGCAAUUAUGUUUGCCUCUCCAUAUUUUAGAAGAGAAGGGUUUGACACAGGUAGCUGUGACUGUGCAGGCGCUGCUGGAGCUGGCACCCCCAAAGCAGCAGCAGCUUCUCCACUUGUCUGCUGUGUAAAGACCUCCGGGACUUUUGGGUUACCUUGGCUAAGCAGAAGGACGUCAAGACUUUACUGCCCGUGCAGUGCAUCCAAACAUACAGAGCUCUGUUCUAAGGAAACGAGUUUCCGUGAUUCCUGACAGGAAUGUUUUGCUUCGUUUCUCCAUUUUUUUUGGAGACCACCACAGUUUCCAAUAACGUUUUGAUUAGCGAUAAUUUUGCCCCCUGCUGAUAAAUGGGUGGUGAGGAGGGCAGGGAGUUCCUGGGGCUGUCGGAGCCGGCUGUAGAAACUGACCUUGUGGGUGGAAGACAUUGGUGUACAGUUUGGAAAGCUGUUCCUAUAGGAAUUCAUUUCCUUAAAUUAAAAAAAAAAAAAAAAGAAAGAAGAAAAAAAGAGGUGGUUGCUACAGUGGGCAUGAGGGGAGUGAGACGUCAUUCCUUCUCCCUGGGAUUCAGAGCAAGUUUCUUUGCCUCGUGAGAACAGCAGCUCUUUCCAUUUUAUAAAUAUAUAUAUAUUUUUUUAAAAGAAUUGCAGCACAAUCUUAACCAGUACAGUGUUUCAUAUCAGGGUCAGUCCUUGUGCAGCUGUCACCUGUGUUGGCAUAUCCUCGUUAUUGAAGAUGUGUAGGAAAAAAAGGGGGUUCCUCCCCCCCCGCAGAGGAAAAAAUACUGCAUGUUAUCUCCAUAAGAAACAUCUUGGUAAAAGAUGCUAAACCAGAACUGUUUGAAUUUCCUGAGUAACAGUAGCACUCUUGCUGGCUUUGUGUUCUGUUUGGGCUUCAAGGCAUCUAUCUAUGGAAACCUGUGCAAGAUCGGGGGUCUCCCACCUCCUCUCACCUCCCCUUCGAGCCCUGUGUGAUGCAUUUGGUUACUGAGUGGUUUUGUCACAUGGCUGCCAAGAAUCACGUCUGCAUUUCGCUGCAGUGCAGUGAGGUACAGCCUGCCGUGCAAGUCAGUUGGAAGCCAUGCCCAGGUCUGCAUUUGGUGGGGGCUGGAGCACCAGAGUGUCACCACUGCUGAGAAAUACAUCGUUUUAGGAACAUAAGGACUGAAUUUCCACAGGUGGGCUGCAUGUUGUCAAAGCAGAAGUAUUACAAAAGGUGGCUUCUAUUUGUGGGCUUGGCAGGGCUUUAAAUCUUUGAUUGUGGGUGUUCAUAGAGAAGAGAGGGAUGCACUGGUUUUACACAACUGCCAUUACUUUCUUCCUCUUUCUUUAACAUAAAAAUGGAAAUUCAGUACAGAGGAACAGGAGAGGCAGCAGGCGAGUUUUGAAUUACUCCUGGAAGUUAGCAUGCAAAGCACAGAUGGGUAGCUCUCUGUGCUCAUGCCCCAGCGACAAGGCCAAGCUCUCUACCAGAUCAAUUACAUCUUUUUUUUCCCCCCCCCCUAAGAAAGACCUUGGAAAAUGCAGUUCUCCACCCGCACAGUUCUUUUGCUAGUUCUGAUCCAGUUCAAGCAUCCCAGAACAGUGUGCCACUAACAUGGGUUGUGUGGGGUUUGAGACCAGCAUCGUUAUACUGGAAGCAGAAUACAUCAAGAGGAUUUCAUAGUAUAAAGGAAGGCGAAGGAGUGAGGAAUAGUGAGCUAAAAGCCAUUCUUGCUGCAGUGAACCUGCCACAAGGACACUGGCAAAGACUGCUCUUAGCUGGAUUUUUUCCCCUUCUGAUUUGCAGCUUUGUUUCCAGUCUGUUUGCUCCAUGUAUGAGCGUCAGGACUCACCGUGAUGCUGCUGCAUCGCAGUUUCACACGACAAUUCCAGGUGCUCCUUAUUGGCAUUGGCUGAUUGCAUAGCAGGUCACAAAGAACACAUGAAAGGAAUUUAAAAUUGCACAGCUGAAAGGAGAAACCUUUUCAGUCCAAGUAGCGUGUUGCUCUGAGCUCUGCAAGAAAUGAAAAUGCCAACAACUUGUGUAGGGGAAGAGAGCAGCUCCGUGCAGGCCUGCUUUCCUCCCAACUAGGUUUUAAGUUUCACAUAAUUCCACUUGCAGGGAUUGUUGGGAAUUCUUGAAGGGUUACGUAAGUGUCAGGAGUUACUGCUGCAGUUUGUUGGAUGGAAGGUUCUGCCACUCACAGCAAGCUGCAGCAUAGCACAGAUGUUUCUUGUGUGUCUCUUAUGCAGUUGGAAAGAGGAGGACACUGAAUUCAUAUUAGUUUUAACAUUAGGUCAUUUGGAUCAUAUGGGAGCACGUCACUCCUUACUAGCACUCACAGCCUAUGGAGUUGUGAGGGGGUUGUUUGCUUUAGUCCAGCUUCUCGCACUUACAGACAAUGGAACUUAACAGUAUUCAGGUUGGUGGAAGUUUGAUAUGUCAUUAACACGAGUUCAUAGGAAUUGAUGGGUUGGGAGGUGGGGGGUCUGAGCUGCUGGAAACGGCCGUGUUUGUUGUCUGGUUAGGACAGCCACCCUGGGCUGCAGGCAGCACACACGCGUGGCGGCUGAGCCCACAGGAAAGCAGUGUCAGUGUGGCUGGGCAGGUGCACGUCCUGAGCGUCGCCCCUGUUGUCACAAGCAGCAGCCCGCUCUGGCACUUUCAGUUGUUUGUGGCCACGUUAGGUUAACCUGCAUAGCCUUGUGUGUUCAUGCUGGCAGAUACUGAGUGUUGACCAGAUGUUUAGGACAAAAAUCCAAGCCUAAAGUUUCAUCGUGCGGUUUAUUUAAUGUGCUAUACCAAAAAAACAGUUCUGUUUUGCAGACUAAGUGGGAUUUUUUAGUGUGUCUAUGUGCAAUUUUUGUUGUGUAUAAAAUUCUAUUUUGUGUCAAGAGGCAAUUACCUUUCCUAAAAUCAAGUGGCACUGGCACUGAGGAGUCCCUCACAGCAUUGAUGUGAUGAGGUCAGAGCAGCGGGGAUUUGAUUCUUCCCUUGUGAAGGAGGGGACUUUGGUGGCCUGGCUGAAAUAACCACAGAGAACUUUUCACAUCACCAAGAACUCCUGUGCUGUUCUCAGUUGUGACACAGUGGCAAAUGGUUCUUUUUAUCCUUUCAUGACUAUAAAUGUUCCUUUGGAAAACUAAA